GCAAUUGUCUUUCAAUCUGGAUUUGCAGUAACAACUCAAAGUAGUGGUCUAUGUCACUUACAUAUUCAAUGCAAACAUGAUAUUAAAGAAAAAUGUGUUGGUGCUUAUACAAGUCAAAUUAUAUAUUUUGAAACAACAACUACUCAACAUGUUAAAGGCAUUCAUUCUGCUAUGAAACAUGCUAUUGAAACAUUUGAAAGUUUAAUAAGAUCUUUUAAGUUGAUAGAUAGAUAG